CCCCCCUUUUUCUCCCCCCUCUUAAAACCCUAAUAUAUUAAUAAUUGUAAAUAAAUUGUCAUUAUUUUCCGAUCAUUCUCACGCGCCACCAUGAACCUCCGUUCUCGCUCUUCCGAUCCUUCUAACAAUUCCAAAGGGAAGAACAUUAUGGAAAUAUCGAGUAGUAGUGAAGAAGAUGAUGAUGUUUACUUGUCAUCGGAUUCCGAUUUCGGCAGUUUUAGUGUCGAAGAUCUUGAUAAUGGCGAACAAAAGGAUAUAGGUUAUGUAUCGGAUUCUGAAGUUGAUGAGCCAACGAUAAAGAAAAGCGUUACAGAAAAGAGAAAGACUAAAGUUAAUAAAAUGGUGGUACAAAUGGAUGAAAACCCGGUGGUUGGAGUUGAUUAUGUUGAGCCUUAUGAAGAAGCUGUUUACAAAAUGAGAGCAUAUAAGAAACAUAAGCCGGAUAAACCAAUCUUAUUGUGGGAAGUUUGGGAGGAAGAAACUAAAAAAUGGCUUGACCGGCAUGAGAGGAAAGGUGACGUUGAUUUGGAUACGUUGAAUGAGGUAGUGACGGAAACUGUUGAUACACCUUCAGAUUUGACUAUGCCACUUCUAAGGUACCAAACAGAAUGGUUAGCAUGGGGAUUGCGGCAGGAAGAAUCGGAUUCCAAAGGUGGAAUUCUUGCUGACGAGAUGGGGAUGGGGAAGACUGUGCAAGCUAUUGCCCUUGUACUUGCUAAACGGGAACUUCAGCGUGAACUUGGGGAGCCUGUUUGGCUGUCAACUGAUACCUCUACAGGGUUACCAUGUGUUAAGGCAACUCUUGUUGUAUGUCCAUUAGUUGCUGUCAGGCAAUGGAUCAGUGAAAUUUACCGGUUUACUAAAGAAGGGAGUAUUAAGGUAUUGGAAUAUCAUGGACCUAAGAGGGCGAAAAAGAUUUCCGAGUUUUUCGAUUAUGAUUUUAUCAUAACUACAUACUCUGUUGUGGAGUCUGAAUUCCGGAAAGUCAUGCCACCAAAAGACAGAUGUGAAUAUUGUGGGAAAAUGUUUCAUGCUAAAAAACUGAAAUUUCAUCUCAAAUAUUUUUGUGGUCCUGAUGCUAAAAGAACUGUGAAGCAGUCAAAGCAGAACAAAAAGAAUGGGAAACUUGAUUUGAAUUUGUCAUUGUCAAAAGAUGAUAUAUCUGAUGAUGAGAAUGAUAAAAAGAAGGCAAGUAAGAAGACUACAAAGCGUCCAAGGAAGAAACAGCAAGUAGAAACCGGCGGUUCUUCAGAUAUUCCUUCAGGUUCUGGAUAUAAAUCGUCUCUGAAGUCUAUUUUGCAUUCUGUGAAAUGGGAUCGAAUAAUUUUGGAUGAGGCUCAUUACAUUAAAGAUAGACGUUGUAAUACAACACGAGCUGUUUUUGCUUUGGAAUCUUCCUACAAAUGGGCUUUAAGUGGCACGCCUCUGCAGAAUCGUGUUGGAGAACUCUACUCACUUGUUCGUUUCUUACAAAUAACUCCGUAUUCUUAUUACAUGUGCAAGGACUGUGACUGUAGAGUUCUUGAUUACAGUCCAGAUUCAUCAUGUUCAAACUGCCCUCACAAAUCUGUGAGACACUUUUGUUGGUGGAACAGAAAUAUUGCUAAUCCGAUUGCAAAGAGUGGGCGUAGUAGUGAUGGUAGAAGAGCUAUGAUUCUGCUGAAGGAUAGGGUUUUGAAGAGCAUUCUUUUAAGACGUACUAAGAAGGGCAGAGCAGCAGAUCUUGCACUCCCUCCAAGAAUAAUUUCGCUGAGACGUGACUGCCUUGAUAUUAUAGAGCAGGACUAUUACACUUCACUCUACACAGAAAGUCAAGCAAAAUUUAAUACAUAUAUUGAUGCUGGGACAGUGAUGAACAACUAUGCUCAUAUAUUUGACCUGCUCACACGCCUGCGACAGGCUGUUGAUCAUCCUUAUCUUGUGGCGUAUUCCAAAACUGCUGUUGAUAGGAGGACUGACGAGGCCAAUGAACCAUUUUGUGGGUUAUGUCAUGAUGUGGCAGAAGACUUUGUGGUCACAUCAUGUGAGCAUCUGUUCUGUAAGGCGUGUCUGAUUGAUUAUGGUCAAGCUACAUGCCCUACGUGUGAUAAACCACUAACAGUGGACUUCAAUGCAAACAAGAAUCAACAAGAUCAGAAGCCAAAAACAAGUUUUAAAGGGUUCAAGUCAUCUAGUAUUAUAAAUAGGAUCUGUCUUGAAAAUUUUCAGACAAGCACGAAAAUAGACGCUCUGAAGGAAGAAAUUAGAUUCAUGGUUGAAAGGGAUGGUUCUGCUAAAGGAAUUGUGUUCAGCCAGUUUACAUCAUUUCUAGACCUGAUACACUAUUCUUUGCUAAAGAGUGGUGUUAAAUGUGUUAUGUUGGAUGGAUCUAUGAGCAUCUCUGCUAGAGAAUCUGCAAUUAACAGAUUCACAGACGAUGGGGAGUGCAAGAUAUUUCUGAUGAGCUUAAAAGCUGGUGGUGUUGCUUUAAAUCUUACGGUUGCCUCGCACGUGUUCUUAAUGGAUCCGUGGUGGAAUCCAGCUGUGGAGCAGCAAGCACAAGAUAGAAUUCAUCGAAUAGGUCAAUACAAACCAAUCAGGGUGAUGAGGUUUGUAAUAGAGAACACAAUUGAGGAGAGAAUUCUCAAUCUGCAAGAGAAGAAGAGAUUGGUCUUUGAGGGGACUGUUGGUGGCUCUAAAGAGGCUCUGGGAAAGCUAACCGAGGCUGACAUGAGGUUUCUAUUUGCCACCUAGCUUUGGUUUUGUGCCCAUUGUUCGUCAGUAGUCAAAUGUUAAUGUUAGAAGUUCAAGUUUUAGUAUGUGCACUUUGCUUCACUACUGCAGUUUUGCUAUUGCUUUCAAGCAAUACUUUUGGCUAAGAAAUUGUGGACCCUGUCCUAUAUUUCGUUUAGCAAUUAAGCUUUUUAAUUUCUGUAUCAGCUGCUAUGUAUAGUUAGAAUGUUCUUCAUCUUCAUAGUGUAGUGGACCCUGUCCAAUGUUUGUUUAUUCGAAA